UUAUGACCUAAAACAUCAAACCAAAUCAACUCUAAUUUACUCAAUCUUCAUCAUAUCUACCAUCCCAUGGGAAGUUGCGUCGCCAGACCAUCGAGGCUAAUAGGCGUAAAAAAAGGCGCUUACCCGAAAUCGAAAUCCGGACGUUUCUAUUUCAACCCGAAAUGCAUAUGGAAAUCGAAGAGCACACGAUCGGCCAACAGCAAGGUCUUGAAAGAUCCGUUGGAGGAGAACAUCUUGGAGAAAUACAAGUUAGGGAGCGAGCUGGGGAGAGGCGAGUUCGGUAUCACAUAUCAAUGUAUUGAGCUAGAAACCGGAGAAGCCUACGCGUGCAAGAAAAUAUCCAAGGCGAAGCUGAAAACGGAUAUCGACAUUGAAGACGUAACGAGGGAAGUCGAGAUCAUGAAGCAUUUGCCCAAGCAUCCGAAUUUGGUUAGAUUUAAGGAAGCUUUUGAGGAUAAUGAAGCUGUUUAUCUUGUAAUGGAGCUUUGCUGUGGAGGUGAACUUUUUGAUAGAAUUGUCGCUAAAGGUCAUUAUACGGAACGAGCGGCUGCUAAGGUUAUUAAAACUAUUUUGGAGAUUGUAAAGGUGUGCCAUGAACAUGGAGUUGUACAUAGAGAUUUAAAACCUGAGAAUUUCUUGUUGGCUGAUGAAAGUGAAAGUGCCCCAAUUAAAGUAAUUGAUUUUGGCCUCUCCAUUUUCUAUGAACCAGGUGAGCGUUUCAGUGACAUAGUAGGAAGUCCAUAUUACAUGGCUCCAGAGGUUUUAACGCGAAACUAUGGGAAAGAAAUUGAUAUCUGGAGCACUGGAGUUAUCCUUUAUAUCUUGCUUUGUGGUGUUCCCCCCUUCUGGGCUGACACUGAGGAAGGAAUUGCUCAUGCAAUAAUAAAAGGUCACAUAGACUUUGAAAGGGAUCCUUGGCCUAAAGUUUCUAAUGAAGCCAAGGAUCUUGUUAGAAACAUGCUCGAUCCUAACCCCUUCACUCGAAUGUCUGUUCAAGAGGUUCUCGAGCAUACAUGGAUACAGAACCUGCAGCAAGCUCCAAACUUCAAUCUGGGUGAAAAUGUGGGAACCAGGAUUAAGCAGUUCUCACUGAUGAGCAAGUUCAAGAAGAAGGUUCUAAGGGUGGUUGCCGACAACUUGCCGAAUGAACAAAUCGAUUUGAUCAUCGAGAUGUUCAAUACGAUGGACACUGACGACAACGGAUACUUAUCGUUUGAGGAACUCAGAGAUGGACUUCAGAAAAUUGGUCACUCUGUUAGUGAUCCUGAUGUUCAGAUGUUAAUGGAAGCAGCGGACAUUGAUGGAAGUGGGUCGUUGAGCUGCGAGGAAUUUGUGAUAAUGGCGGUUCACUUGAAAAGGAUCGGGAACGACGAGCAUCUAACACAAGCUUUCCAUCAUUUCGACAAGAACCAAAGUGGUUAUAUCGAAUUCGAAGAACUGAGAGAAGCUUUACUUCAAGAUGACCCUGGCCCCAACAAUGAGCAGCUCAUCAAGGACAUCAUGCAGGAUGUCGACAAGGACAAGGAUGGUAGAAUCAGUUACCAAGAGUUCAAGGCAAUGAUGCUAACAGGCAUGGACUGGAAAAUGGCUUCCCGCCAAUAUUCUAGAGCAUUGAUAAAUGCAGUGAGUAUCAAAAUGUUAAGAAAAUCUGGCCAACUAAAGUAACGAACUCAAGCAUCCCAAAAUUUGUUCCUCUGUAAAUUGUUUGAACCCUAUAUCUUUUAAUUUAUCAUAUGUUUCAGCUCUGUUUUGAUUCUAAAAUUUGUCCUAUCAUUAGCUCAAAAGUGAUUGCAUUAACGUAUAUUUUAAUGCUACAAAUUGUUGUACAAGA